UUCACGCGGAAGUUUGUUUAGUUUUGUUUUUGACAGCUGGGGUUAGAAGAUAUUAACCAACUCCUCAUUAUAGCUGGCAUGUUCUGAACAUAGUGGAUAAAUAAAGGGUUUAUUUUUAAAUGUGAAGUAAGUUAAAGCUGUAAUGUCUCAUAUUAAAGAGUACAUCGACAAACUGACUUGUGUUUAUGAGCGGUACACCGAGUAUGUGAGGAGAAACCCAGCUGCUACAGCACAGCUGGAGGGCACCGUGCGGACAUUGUCGUACCUGAUCGCAGGGAGAUUUGCAGAUUCCCAUGAAAUAUCUGAACUAGUGUACUCUGCCUCCAAUCUCCUGGUGCUGUUCAAUGACAGCAUUCUGCGCAGAGGCUUGAGAUGUGCCCUUCCUGUGUCUCUCUCCCAGCAGAGGCUCCUUACAUGGUUGUCUGUGUUGGAGUAUGUGGAGGUUUUCCUGGAGAUGGGAGCUUGCAAGCUGUGGGGAGAAGUCGGCCGCUGGCUGGUGAUCAGUCUCAUUCAGAUAUUUAAGGCAGUUUUUCGCAUCGUGCUUCUUCUGUGGUACAAAUCUGGCAUCCAAACUUCACCUCCUAUAAUCCCACUUGACAGAGGUGCAGACUUUGUCAGCGAAGAUGACUAUAAUGGGGAGCAGCAAGAUGAAACCUGCUUUGUGGGCCAGAGGUCAGGACGAGUUGUUAGGCCAUUGGGCAGUGCGCCGUCCCUGCAGGCCCGGCUGUGGGGAGCACCGAGCCGGAAGAAGACGGGAAGGAGCAGCUUGAAGGAAAUGCUCUACAGCAAACCGACACAGCUGGGCUUCCAGGAGACCAUCGCUGAGUCUGUGUACAUCGGACGGCCUCUUGUACACUUACUCUGCCUCGGACUCUGUGGAAAACAGUCCUGGAAGCCGUGGCUCAUCUCUGGAGUCCUCGAACUUUCCAGCUUUGCAGUGCUCAGAGACGCCAAAUUUCAAAAUCGAUGGGAGAGGGCUGAGAUGAGGAGACGAGCCUUUCUUUUGCUGUACUACCUUCUCCGUUCACCCUUCUAUGACAAAUACUCUGAAGAAAAGAUUCUCUUCCUGCUCAGACUUCUGGCUGAUCAUGUUCCAGGGAUAGGGCUUGUUGCACGCCCUUUGAUGGAUUACCUCCCCACCUGGCAGAAGAUCUACUUCUACAACUGGGGAUAAAACCUGCUGAAUGUGAUCAGGUCUCCAGUGUUUACAAGUCAACAGGGACAACAGCGAAAAAGGAACCUGUCAGACUGUGACUGCAGGCCCAGCCACAGAGACACUUGCCAUAAUUCCCCAAAUCAUCAGACAGAAUUAUGGGGAAAUGUACAAUUUAUGCUCGACAGCGAGGACCUUCUUACUAGCAUUUCUUGAUUCUGAAGGCAAUUAAAAAAAAUCAAAAUGAUUAUUUUGACAUUUUCAUCAAUCAAAGAAUACUUUUUCUCAUGUUUUGUGGUCUUGUUUCUGACACUACAGAGCAGCAGUUUGACUGGUUGUGUGUCAGAAGCAGAUCAGAGAACACCACUGUCUGUGCAGUGAAGAGUUUGCGUUGACAGGUUUGUAGUAGAAUGGUUUUCUGAGCAGCGUUUUCUUCUUUUACUGUUUCAUUUCCAUUCUCGCCAAAAGUUCUGGCAGCAGUUUAUCUGUGAAAAUGGUUGGUUGUCAAGAUUUAUCUUUAUUACAUAGCUGCAAGGGAGAAAACUGAGAUGCAAGCAGUGACUGAGAAGCACAUUAAAGUUGUUCCCAGUUUUCUGUGUAACAUUAGAAUGUUUUCAUGCACAAAGAGGUUGCAUAUUAAAACAACUGAGCUACUUCACAAAACCAGUGGAAGCAGAUUCAACAUAGUGAGUUUGUGAAGCAGCAAAAGCACAUUUACGUGUGUGAGAGCUGGAGUCAAUAACGGGAAACACAUCAGACGUUUUCAGUGUUUAUUAACAUACUGAUUUUUUUUUUGUAACCUACAAAUAAAUAACUGAAUCUUUCAUUCUUUCAGCCGUUAGUUACUUUUGGGACAGUUUAGCAUGGCUGGGACAAAAACAGGCAUGGCUUCACUAGGAACAACUAUGACACUCUGAUUUAUCAAAGAAAAUAACCCAGACGAUCCCGUUAACUUGUUGAAUGUCAAGUCUGCCAGGUUUGAGACAGGAUGCAUCACUGUCUGGUCCGGUUAGCGGUAACACCAUGCCAAUCUAGCCUGUCGCAUUUAGCUAAAAAAUACUCAAAGGUUUGCAUGUGUUUCAACCAAGACACAAAUUUUGUCUCUGAAUCAUUGGUCAGAGGCACAAACUUUAUUUCUUAUUGACCAAUGUGUUUGAAACUGACCAGCUAUAAAUGUAAACUGAUAAAAGUUAAACUACUGAGACU